CACCUCUCUCUCUCUCUCUCUCCACUCCAACCAUCUCCCGUUUCUCUCCUCUCCACCGCCGGCGAGCCGUCGCGGCAGCCGCAGCCACCGCCUCCUCCUAUUAAUUCUCCACUCGACGCAGCAGCCAGAACGCAAGAUCGCGGCUGAGUUGCUUCUCGCUCCAUCCAAGGAAGAGAAGGGGCAGCAGCUGGGAAGAGGAGAGCCAAGAACCCAGGCUGAAGGCUGUGGCGUUGCCUGCCAUGUCCGUGUCCGGCGUGGCGGUGAAGGCGCCGGUGGCCGCGGCGGGGGCGCCGGGGGCGUGGCCGUACGUGGAGUACAUGGCGCGGUGGGAGAGGCAGGUGGAGCGGAGGCAGCUGUUCCUGCGGAGCUACCACUUCUCGCGCGACGUCGAGCUCUCGCCGCGGGCGCGGGCGCGGCGCGUCGUCUGGGCGGGGCUGCGCAGGCUCCGCCGCGCCGCCGCCACGGGCCUCCGGAGGCUCCGCGCCCGCCUCCGUCUCUGCUUCGCCUGGGUGUCCCGCCGCCGCGGCCACCGCCGCGGGGCCCGCUUCCGCUACGGCCGCCUCUCCGUCGCCGCCGGCCACGCCCCGGCCACCGCGUCCGUGUGCUUCUGGUAGUGAGCCCUAAGCCGCAGCUGCAAGAAAGCCAAAGCUUAUAGGUUGGCGAAUGGCGAUGCGUCUUGAACAAGAAGGCAAUCUAAGCUCGUUGCUGCUUGGAUUUUUUUUAAAAAAGUAAAAAAUUAGCCGGUAAAAUGUUAUUACUAGCAACUUGUAGUAUUAUUCUACGGAGUCAGUGCUUGAUUACUGAGGAUAAACUGGGUGUUUAUUACCUAAGGGGGAUUGGUUGUGUUCAUGUUUUUUGUUUUGUUCUUUACUUUUGAUGGUGAAUGCACACUCUACUCCUUGUCUAAAUA